AUGUUUUCAGCCCGUCCUCUACAGCCACUGCAAUGGUCGCAGUCUCUCAGACACGGCUGCCAAUGGACGGCUAGCAGGCCAGCUUCGACGUUUGCUGCGCUCUGCUCCCGGCCUCAGUCCAGACUCCAGGUCUACCAGUCCCUCUCCAACGACCCUUUUGUCAACCUGUCCCUCGAGAACUUCCUCUACGAACGCUCGCCGCCGGACUCCAAGGUCCUCUUCCUGUACGUGAACAGGCCCUGUGUCGUUAUAGGACGGAACCAGAACCCCUGGCUCGAGACAAACCUGCGUCUGCUAAAGAGCAGCACUGGGCAUGAAGGCCGUAGAAGUGACGGUAAUGCUCUUUUCGUUCGACGACGGUCUGGCGGUGGCUCGGUCUUUCAUGACGAAGGAAACCUGAAUUUCUGCGUGAUUUGCCCAAAGCCGAUCUUCCAUCGAGAUAAACAUGCUGAGCUGGUGGUCAGGGCAUUGAAGAACGUUGGGGCUUUGAAAACGAGAGUCAACGAGCGUCAUGAUAUCGUACUCGGCCAGGACGCUCAGGAAGAGCCGUCUCCUCGUGUAGUCAAAGCUGGGUCUACAGACCAAGAUUCUGAGAGUCCGCCGCUAGAGGAACCUGUUCGGGCAGUCAAGAUAUCAGGCUCGGCAUACAAGCUGUCGAGAUUCCGUGCUUUGCACCAUGGUACUUGCUUAAUUGAUUCACCGAACCUCCGGCAGAUAGGACUCUUCCUGAGGUCGCCUGCUCGUCCAUAUAUCAAAGCAAGGGGCGUUGAGAGCGUUAGGUCCCCCGUUGGAAAUAUAUCCUCGGCCUUAGACGAAUCAGUACGGCCAUUCCUCAUGCAGCAGAUAAUUGGAGAAAUUAUGCAAGAGUUUGCUCUGCUUUACAAUCUCGACAGCAAUGCUUUACUGAAAGCUCAAAGGGCCCACGCCAACGAUCCGGAGUUGUCUUCGGGGGACGACUGGGUUACCGGCAUCCUGACCGACGAAGAUGCAAGAAACGAGCCUGAAGUGUGCAAAGGCAUCCAGGAACUACACUCGCUUGAAUGGAAAUACAACCAAUGCCCCCAGUUUACAUUCUCCACGCAUCCGACGGAGGAAGACCCCCGGCCUAGGCCAGAUAUAUCACCUGCCCUCUCGCCUUCGACCAGGGCUUUCUUCCGAGUCAAAUCAGGCCUCAUCAUCGAAAGUCACAUUUCUACAUCACAAGACCCAGGCACAGCACAAUAUGAAGCAGCCUGUGUUCAUAAAAUCCUGCACAACAGGGCGCUGCAUGGAAUAUCAGACUGGGCAUCAGUUCUCAGCUCUGCUUCUGCAGUAGCCAGCCAAGAGGGCGUAUACCCUGAUGCUUUUGCAUCGAACUCUCCAGAUAACGAGCUCUCGGGCCUUGCCAAGUGGCUUGAGAGUAAGCUAGGACAUUAA